UCCCAGCUUGUCAGAACCACGGCUCAGAGAGGCAGUGAGCAGCAUAGGACCACCGUUAGCCCAGCAGCUACUCAUUAGGACAGGGAGACAGUGAACCGAGAAGACAGACCCGCAGCUUUGGACGUUUCUACCGAGCCAAUGUUAACCUCCGGAUAGUCGCCGUUCUGCUGGGCUGCUCUAAGCGUUUCUAAGGGGGGGCGGUUCGGAGCCAGCUUUCACGUCGCUACGCUGGUGUUCUGCGGUGGAAAUAGCCCCCAAACAUGUCGUCUCCAAGUCCGGGUAAAAGGCGAAUGGACACCGAUGUGGUGAAACUCAUCGAGAGCAAGCAUGAAGUCACCAUCCUCAGUGGACUCAAUGAAUUUGUAGUGAAGUUUUUCGGACCACAAGGAACGCCGUACGAGGGAGGUGUGUGGAAGGUGCGAGUAGAUCUCCCCGACAAAUACCCUUUUAAAUCACCAUCAAUAGGAUUCAUGAACAAGAUUUUUCAUCCCAACAUUGACGAAGCGUCAGGGACAGUGUGCUUAGAUGUCAUCAACCAGACAUGGACAGCCCUUUAUGAUCUGACCAACAUCUUCGAGUCGUUCUUGCCCCAGCUCCUGGCCUACCCGAACCCCAUCGACCCCCUGAACGGAGAUGCGGCUGCCAUGUACCUUCACCGGCCAGAGGACUACAAGCAGAAAAUCAAAGAGUACAUCCAGAAAUAUGCAACAGAGGAGGCUCUGAAGGAGCAGGAAGACGGGGCCGGCGACUCUUCAUCCGAAAGCUCCAUGUCCGAUUUCUCAGAAGACGAGGCCCAGGACAUGGAGUUGUAGUGAUAGGAGGGCUCCCCAUCCCACCCCCUCCUUCAACCCCCCAACCCCCACCCCACCCCACAAAGACUAUAUUUGAUUUCCUAACCAUGAGAAAGCAGACUUAUAAUAUUCAUAUUUAAACAAGUUGAUUUUUUUAUUAUUAUGAUUAUUAUUAUUAUUACUACUACUAAACAAGGAUUUUUAUGGAUAUCUAGCCUUUGGUGUGUUUGACAGACACCCUCCCAUUCUGUAGCUGUUCCUCCCUACAAAGACGUCACAAAAUGCUUUCACAUUCUCUCCCUGUUAUCUCUCCGCAUUUUAAAGGUGUGUUACAUAGUGGUAGGCACGAAAUCUUUGCUUCUAAAACAAAUUCACACUAGUGUCAUUGAUCAACUUCAAGAAGAAUGUAACAAUCAGCUAAACCUGGCACCAAAGUCCAUUUCAAUUUGAAGCGAUAUACAACAGCAGUGGUCAUAUGGUUACUAAGCGGAACUGAGUACAAAAAGAAGCGAUUUGUUGAAGAUCCAGGUCGGUGUCGUCUCAGUCCUCCUCACAUUCCUCUUACCUGGAGUUUGCUGCAGUGCAUGGCCCAUCACUCUCAUUGGUCGGACCUGUGGUGUUUACCUCGACUACAUCCAAUGCCCCCCCCCCCCCAAGUUAGCGUCUGCCUACCAGGAUCUCUGUUUGGACAUGAUGACAAAAUAAGAGCCAAGUAUAUGACAUUUAGGCUUGUAGCAAUUUAUUAGUUGAGGUGAUUUAAUUUAAUUUGUAAAGGUUUGGGCGGGGGGGGUGAGUGUCAUUCAUUCAUGGUUGAUUCAUUGUGGCGGGUCGAGAUGUAUCUUGUGAUGCGGGGAAAGAGAUUUCUAUCGCAGCUCUGAGUUUCUUGUGUGCUUCACAUUUUCCCUGCUGGCAAACUACCCUGUACAGUGAAGAGCCACCUCUCUGUAGCCUCAUGAGAACUCAGUGUUGAGCCCGAUACACUGACCCAAAUGUUGCCCGUCGAGGCGAACAUCAGUCAAACUAUCUAUAAAACCUUGAAUGUAUUCAGUUUGUUUUUUGAUUUGUUUUUUUGUUGUCGUUUGUGGCAGAUUGUGGAUCCCCGUAGUGGGUUAUGGAAAACUGACCCCCACUCUGACCUCCCUCUUCUGUGCCUCAUCACAAGAAGGAAUUUUUAUUUUAUAAAUAAAUAAAAAGUCCCCAAAAAAGCCAUGAAGAAAAAAAAGCCAAAAAUAACUAAGCACACCGGUUUUUACUCAUCCCCACUUUUCUCCUCCACCAAAAAUUAUGAUUUCAUAUCCAGCUCUGUUACAGAUUAGGGGAAUCACCCGGGGCUGAGAGGCUCGGGCGUAUUUGAGCUAAUGUAGGAUCAUUCGACUUUUAUGGCUCAGGUUUUGAAAUACAGGUUUGGUUGUAUCGUGCAUAGUGAUGAAACAUUUCACACCCAUAAGGUAUUGGACGGAUGGAAAUCAUGCUGAUACAUGUGGAGCCGUGUUCUUGUUUUCUUUGACAUGUCAGGAUAGUUAGUUUUUCUGGGUGGUGACUUCAACUUCACAACAUAUGCUAUAUGGCUGUUUUACAGAUAGAGUUUAGCUAGUAUGGUCUGCUUACCGGAUAAAGCGUUCACUGCUCCAUCUGACCUUUAGUUAGUGUCUGUCGUGUGGUUAAAUGUAAGAUACUCCAUAGAUGUGCCUGCGUGUCCUCGUCUUGCAGACCCAGAGUUGUACAGACAAGUGUGAGUGGUUUCAAACUGUUUGAGCUAAAGUGAGCCUGAUAGAUCUAACUGUGCAGACAUCAGAGGUAUUGAUCAGCACCUUGUUGACCCCGCCCCCCAAAUAACACGAUUUACCUACACACACUCUGUGCCCAAAAUAAAAAAAUGUCCAAUAUCUAUCAGGAGAGUUUGCCUCACUUGAAGCCAUGCGUUAAUCAUUUCUCUCGCUCAGCCGGCAGAAGUUUUGGAUGUUAGCUUCCUGCAUAUCGAGCUCCUGCCAACCCUCGACACGUCCAAGGCAGCGCAAAGCCACGUCUUUGUUUUCCACGUCUUCAGAGUGACGAUCGCACAGAACAAACCUUUAAACGCAGCCUCACAGGUUUCACAACUGGCCUGUGUGGUUUUUUUUUCUCUGUCAGCUGCCUAUGAGUGUGUAUUUAUUCAUUCAUCGCAGAGACCUCCUUUUUUGUUUUUAAUCUUCAUUAAGUGCCACUCUUGUAAGUGACGGCUCCGCUUCGAUUAGAACUUGAAAUUUGGGUUUUCUUUCUCCUUGUUAAGUAAUUCAGAAAUUCUUGCUUUACUUUGACAUUGGUGCAGUAUUGAACUUCGUGUGCUGACAAAUACAGUAUAUCCGAGUUGAGAAAUGUACUAAAAUAGCACAAUAAUGUGCAGUGGUGCAACAGGGAACUAAUUAUAUUUUGUCUUUUUCAAAAACAAGUUUCUUGUGUUUUGGUAAAUACUUAUAUUUGCACCUGCUGGGCAGUAAAUUAAUGACAAACUCAACUGUGGCCUGGUGUUGAACUCGUGAAACAUGGCGAUUAUCAUCUUCAUAUCUCAACAACUAAAGAAAAUGUCCUCAAACUAGUGAUUGAUUGUUCUUCCCAUUGCAACUUGAUGUCUAAAUUAUUUUUGAAUGGAAAACACAUUUCCUUUUUCUCCUUUUUAUUUAAUUUUCCUUUUGUCUUUCUCCUCUGCACCUCUUCUGCUCUAAGAUAACAACGUCUUAAACACCCACAGUUCAAAAACAUGACUCCAGAGAACUAGGACUCACAUGGUGGUGUAUCAAGCCUUAGUCCCUGCAACCCCCCCAUGUGUUGACUGUGUCUACUCGUGCACUUGCAUGCUUCUGGUGUGGAGUGGAGGCUCGACCGGUGCACAUCUCCCAUUCUGUCUUGUGCUCCUGUGGAUUUGUGCCCUGUGCUGGCCUGUCGCUGCCAUCAGGGGAUUUCUCUGGCACACGCAGCAUGGAAAAUGGCAGAUUUUUAUAUUGGGGGGUAAAAAACUGUGUAAUAGGUACCUAGUGUGUGAUACUUGAGGGUUAAAAAAGCCAAAAGGUUUAUUUUGUUUUGUUUUUAAAAAGUCCAUCCUCGGUCUUCUUUUCAUCACCCUCGUUGCCCUCCUUGUUUUUCUUUUCUUUGCAUUGUGAAGUUUGUCAAAAAGACAAAUGCUCUCUAUUAAUAGGCUUAUAACACCAUAAAUAGUUGUGUAUAAAAUAAACUGUUAUAACUUCUUUUUUAAUAAAACAUUCAAUGUGUACAAGC